UGGAAGUGGUAGACGGGUAGACUGGUUGUGGUAGGUAGGCAGUGCAGUGGUUGACUCGUGUACGAACUGUCGGGCAAACUUUCACUCCAGAACUUCAUUGGUUACCGAAAUGGUGAUAAAGUACGACCAACCCCCCAAAGAUGUUCUGGAGCGUCACUUCCAGGAGCUGGGCAUCACGGAGAGCUCUCUCCGGCGUGACGUCACCACUCUGAGGACCUGGCUGGAGAAACAACCUCACCUACCGGACAACGUGGCUGACGAAACCUUAGAGAAGUUCCUGGUCCACUCCAAGAACAGUCUGGAGCGAGCAAAGUCAAAGCUGGACCAAUACUACUGCGGCAGAGUCACCAUGGCUGACAUGUUCAGCGAUAGAGACCCUCUCGACCCGAAGAUCAAAAGCAUAGCUAAAGUCGCGAUGUACUGUCCCUGUCCCAAGCCAACUCCAGAGGGAGACAGAGUCACCAUUGUCAAGACCUUCGACCACGACCUCAACAAGUUCGACGUUCUCGCCUCAAUAAAGAUCGGCCUAAUGCUACUGGACGGUCACAUGGCCGAGGAGAACUGCUGCAAACAUGUCGUCAUCUUCGAUUUUGAGGGCAACAGUAUGGGACAUGCCGCUGCCUUCACCAUCCCUGUAAUCAAGAAGGCUCUGUCGAUCUUUUUGGAGGUUCUGCCCCAGAGGUUCGCAGGGUUCCAUGUUGUCAACGCUCCCUCGUACUUCGUCAACGUCGUAAACAUCGCCAAGUCUCUUCUACACACGAAACUGGCUCAGAGGGUGCAUGUUCACGGCAAGGGCGCUGCCAGUCUUCUGGACCACAUCCCUAAGGAUGUUCUCCCGCCUGAAUACGGUGGCACUUACCCCGCCAAACUGGACGAACUAAGAGAGAUGGCUUACCAAUCGCUAGUGGACAGAAGAGAUUGGUUUCUGGAGCAGAACAAAAUCCAUGCAAACCUGGACAAAAGACCAAACCAGAAGAAAUCAUCUAAUGAAAUCGACCACCAAUUGCAUGGAUCUUUCCGGAAAAUUGCGAUAGACUGAAAAAUUACCUUGUUAUGACAAAUACCUAAAGUAGUUUUUUAUUGUUAACACAAACUUUAUGUUUACUCUACCAUGAUACAACAUUCUUGUAAGAAUGAGCUAUUUUUGAAAUAAUGUAUUACAUUUUAAAUUUGAUCCAUUGAUUUAUUGACUUAAAAAUUGAUGUAUUCUGAGUUGAAUGAACCCCAGUUGUGGUAAAAAUUUUGUUAUGUUAAUAAAUUCAGUUCUGGAAUAAUAUUUUACAACAAACGCUUUGCCAGUUUGUUAUAACUGUCCUUAGUUUAAACAUUUUUAAUUAAAACUUGUAGUAGUAAUAUGAAAGUGCAUUUACUGUUUUAAAAAUCACUUUAAAAUUCAGCAAAACACGAACGUAAUUACAAAUAU